CUCUCCUCCCUCCUCCUCCUCCUCCUCCUCCUCCCAGCAGCAGCGGCUCCGCUCUGUUUCUAUUCACAGAGAGACCUCCUCCAUUUUAGCCCCGACAGCCGGGGAGCAGCGGCACGCAGCGGACUGAGUGGCCGGCGGAGGGACACGCUGCUGCGGCGCGGAGGUUUACAGAGCUCGGCCGUGAAUCAGCCUUUUUUCUGGGAUGGCGGCGCUGCGGCAGGACGCAGCCGGGGCGGCGGAGGAGCAGUGAGGAGCAGUGAGGAGCAGUGAGGAGUGAACGUGCUCUGCGGUGCAGUCUGUGGAUUUAACGGAGCAGAGGAGGAGGAUCGGCUUCGGAUGGUCAGGUACUCUGCCAGGAUGCCGCAGUGAGCAUGCUCAAAGUGCUGAUCGUUACCAUGGUGAUAUAUGGCGGCAGCGGCCAGGCGUGCAGCGGUCAGGACAACUGCUCCGCCCACAGCGAGUCCAAAGCGUACUGCUACUCGGCUCGCAUCCGGAGCACGGUGCUGCAGGGGCUGCCGUUCGGAGGCGUGCCCACCGUGCUCGCCCUCGACUUCAUGUGCUUCCUGGUGCUGCUCUUCGUCUUCUCCAUCCUGCGGAAAGUGGCAUGGGACUACGGCCGCCUGGCGCUGGUCACCGACGCCGACAGACUGAAGAAACGUUUCAGCGACCCGGAGGAGCGAGAAUACGUUGCCUCGGCGAUGCACUCUGAGUCGCCAGAUCGAUACGAACGCCUCACCUCCGUCUCCAGCUCCGUCGACUUUGACCAGAGAGACAACGGCUUCUGCUCGUGGCUGACGGCCAUCUUCAGAAUUAAGGACGAAGAGAUCAGGGAGAAGUGUGGCGAGGAUGCUGUUCACUAUCUGUCCUUCCAGCGUCACAUCAUCGGCCUGCUGGUCGUCGUCGGCGUCCUCUCUGUCGGCAUCGUCCUGCCCGUCAACUUCUCCGGAGACCUGCUGGAAAACAACGCCUACAGCUUCGGACGCACCACGAUAGCCAACCUGAAGUCUGGGACGAACCUGCUGUGGCUGCACACUUCGUUUGCUUUCAUGUAUCUCCUCCUGACCGUCUACAGCAUGAGGAGACACACGUCCAAGAUGCACUACAAGGAGGACGACCUGGUGAAGCGCACUUUAUUCAUUAACGGCAUCUCAAAAUACGCCGAGGAGUCUCAGAUCAAACAGCACUUUGAGCAGGCGUACGAGAACUGCACGGUGCUCGAGGCUCGGAUCUGCUACAACGUGGCCAAACUGAUGGCUCUGAACGCUGAGAGGAAGAAGACCGAGCGCAGUAAGAAGUUCUUCACGGAUCUGAUGGCGAAGGAACACGUUCCCACCAUGAUCAACCCGAAACCUUGUGGACACCUCUGUUGCUGCGCCAUCACCGGCUGUGAGGAGGAGGAGGCGGUCAGCUACUACACCAAGAGGGAGGCCAAGCUGAAGGAGGAGUACAGGAAGGAGAAGGAGAAGGUCCACACCAAACCACUGGGCAUGGCCUUCGUCACCUUCCAGAAUGAGGCCAUGACUGCCAUUAUUUUGAAGGACUUUAACGCCUGUCAGGUUCAGGGUUGUCGGUGCCGUCAGGAGCCGCAAACCUCUCAGUUCAGCGAAGUUCUUCACGUUCACAACUGGAGUGUUUCGUACGCUCCCGACCCACAGAAUGUCCGCUGGGAACACCUGUCGCUGGGCGGGAUCUCCUGGUGGAUCCGCUGCUUCAUCAUCAACUGCAUCCUCUUCAUCCUGCUCUUCUUCCUCACCACGCCCGCCAUCAUCAUUUCCACCAUGGACAAGUUCAACGUCACCAAGCCUGUCGAGUAUCUCAACAAUCCCAUCGUCACACAGUUCUUCCCGACUCUGCUGCUCUGGGCUUUCUCCGCUCUGCUGCCCACCAUCGUCUACUACUCUGCCUUCUUCGAGGCACACUGGACCAGGUCUGGAGAAAACCGGACCACGAUGCAUAAAUGUUACACCUUCCUGAUCUUCAUGGUUCUGCUGCUGCCGUCUCUCGGACUCAGCAGCCUGGAUGUCUUCUUCCGCUGGCUCUUUGAUAAGAAGUUCCUGGCUGAUGCCAAAGUCAGAUUUGAGUGCGUCUUCCUGCCGGAUAACGGAGCGUUCUUUGUUAACUACGUCAUCGCCUCCGCAUUCAUCGGGAACGCCAUGGACCUGCUGAGGAUCCCCGGUCUGCUCAUGUACAUGAUCCGACUCUGCCUGGCUCGCUCUGCCGCCGACCGCCGCAACGUCAAGAGGCAUCAGGCCUAUGAGUUUCAGUUUGGAGCGGCGUACGCCUGGAUGAUGAACGUCUUCACCGUGGUGAUGGCCUACAGUAUCACCUGUCCAAUCAUCGUCCCCUUUGGUCUGAUGUACAUGCUGCUGAAACACCUGGUGGACCGAUACAACAUGUACUACGCCUACCUGCCCUCCAAACUGGACAAGAAGAUCCACUCAGGAGCCGUCACGCAGGUGGUGGCCGCGCCCAUCCUCUGCCUCUUCUGGCUGCUCUUCUUCUCCACCGUACGCACAGGUUUCGAGACGCCGACUUCCAUGUUCACUCUGGUGGUGCUGAUCGUCACCAUCGUGGUCUGUCUGUCUCACGUCUGCUUCGGACACUUCAAGUAUCUCAGCGCUCACAACUACAAGAUCGACACCAAGGAGAACGACGUGGACGCCGUCGAGAACGGCCGUCCAGCUCGUCCCUCGUCCUCCCCCAAAACCAAAUCUCAGCAGCAGCAGCAGCACCAGCAGCAGCAGCAGAUGUACAUCGCCCAGGUGCUCCAGGACCCAAACUCGGACGAGCCGGGCGGUGGCAGCGGCGAGGAGGACCGAGGGUCGUCCCAGGACGAGGAGAUGUUGAACGGAGGGAACAGCAUCAACGAGGCGGAUUUUCAGUCAGGGGAGGACAGUCUGAUCGCCAACGAGGUCCACCAGUAGCUCGGGGCGAAGCUAGAGGGAGGGGGCGGAGCUAGUUGAGAGUCCACACCCACACACAACAGUACCAACAAUAAGCUGACUGGAGAAUCACUACACACACACACAUAGACUGACAUGGGUAGCUCCACCCCCCUCCCAGCUCGAAGACUUGACCCUGACCUUAGACGCCGGCGCCGGGUCGCCAACAUCCAGUCCUGAUGGACAUCAAACUGUCUCCGCAGGAAGUCACUGUACAUAACCACAAAGCCAAAAGUUUUUCAUUUUGUUUUUUCUCGGGGUGGGGGCGGGGUUUAAAAAUUCGUGCCUGGGCUGGAUUUCGUUUGUUCGCACUCGUGUCUUGACUCCUGAUCCCACCACGGGUCGCCGGGACUCGACCUGUUGAGGGGUCAGAGCUGAUGCUGACACAGCCGGACGCUGCAGCCGCCGACCUCCGACACCGGAGUGCUAAAUAAGUCGCCAACCGCCAGCUCUCUUAGUGGUAGAAGCCUUGCUUACGCAGACGCAGUCUCCCUUCUCUGUUCACCGUUUCUGUCUUUCUGUGGAUUUCGCCGGUAUCUUCGACACGUCACCUGAAAGUUUGUUUGAUUUCUUUUACCUGCCAAGCUUUCGCUGCAUGGUGUUAGAGCUGUCUGGACUUUUGGACGAUGUUAUCCGUUGCAGGACUGUAGCCAAUGAUCUCAGCAGAUUUCCACCCCGGUCUCAGACGAGCGUUCAUUCUUGGCUUCAGUUGGACCGGUGAACAGCACGGCGCCGCUUGUUUUCCUGGUUUUGAUUUCAGCCGGACUACCUUAAAUCAUGAACAGCUGACAAAGGGAACGGGAUGUUUGUGUCUGUGUAGGUUUAGCAAUCAAAACUCUUGAUUCACUUUGUGAAGACGCUUCGACGCUUCCAGCAGCAGCAGUAGACGAGUAGUUUGAGCUCGGGUAGACGCAGAAGAGCAGCGCUUUUCGUCUGGACGGCCUGAAGCUGUCAGGACUCUCAAGGGAAAAUGUUUCCGUUUGUGUGUUUUUAAGUGUGCACUGUCUGUGUGCGUGUCCAGUAACUUAUUGUACAUCAACCUGCGUCAUGAACAGCAGCAACAUCUAGUGCUUCUCAAACUGGUCGUCGGUCUGCUGUAGAAUUAUACGAGAUUUGCUUUGGUACGAAGAUGUUUCUACUGAGUUAGAGCAGCUGAAGCCUCAGCACUCACAUCAGACUGAAUCCAAAUGAAACUUUGUUCGUCACAUUUCAGAGGGCAGACGUCCACCGUGCAUUUAGCCUAGCUUAGCACAAAGACUGGAAGCAGAGGGGAACUGCUAGCGUAGCUCCGAGUGUUUUGAAGAUAACCGUGAAAACAAAAUAUUAGAUCUGGGUCUGAUUGCCUCAGCAUUAGCUUCCAGGUCAAAGAAAACAAACUCCUCGUUUGUCAGAUUUCCACGUUUUCAGCAAAGUUUGAGAAACAUGAACUUCUCGGUCUGGUCUUAGGGUUAGCGUCAGAUUUACAUGUUGGGUAUUGUCGGUUAGCUACCGGUCCAUCCUGCUGUAAGCUGGGUUUAAUGGACCAGCACCAGGAGUCAAGAACUAGAAGCUAAAGCUAAGCUAACUGUUACAGCUGACCUCAAAGACAGAAAGUGCCGCAGCUCUGAUGUCCAAUCAGACGUCACGUCGCUUCAGUCCUGUUGACGUCUGCCAGCCGGAAGUCGUUUCUUCUGAUUGGAGGAGAAAUCUUCAGUUCCUCAUUUCUACCCGGCAACUUUCGAAGUUGCCAUGGUGACAGGAACAGGAAACCAAGCCGGCUGGCAGCGGCAUCAUCGGGAAGCGACGUGGCGACGGCAGAGUAGUCUCAGGUGUUUGUCUCCCUGAAAUAAUGUUUACAUCAGUUUCUGUUGCUCGUUUUCAUUUUUGUCAUGUUCUGCUGUGUGUGUGUGUGUGUGUGUGUGUGUGUGUGUGUGUGUGUGUGUGUGUGUGUGUGUGUGUGUGUGUGCGGACAUGGAGCUGAACUAUGAAAGCUGUAUCCACCGGGUCAUCCGUGUGGGUCGGUGGAUACACGCCGGAGAACCCGCAGUGUCCGUGUCCUGAUGAUGUUGGUUGACCUCCAGCUGAGCGCCUGCUGUCGGCGCUCCGUCCGUGAUUGCACGCACACGAAAAGAUAAAACUGCAGGAGAGCUCACGGGAUCGGAGGUUCAGCUCAGCAGCUCUCAACCUGACAGUCCAGAGCUGAGCACAGGCGUGUCAAUUUGACCUGACGUGGUGAUCACGUGAUCUGACGAGAACCUGAUCCAUGAAUCCUCAUCACAGUCAGAACAUCAGGAGGAACCACAGUGAGCUCAGACAUCCCAACAUGUCACUUUAGUUUUAACAACAUCGUCGACAGAACUUAACAAAUCAGUUGAUAUAUCUCCAGAAACAACUUGUCGGAGAGGGACCGGGUUUUAGCAUCACUUCUGUUUCUGUUUGUAGUCCGAGUAGCAUCGACCAAUCACGUCUGAGCGGGCUUUGGUUGCAGCCAUGCGUGUGGAGAGGAAAAGAGACGACCACAUCGGCCGUCACCUGAUAGCGUCGUGGCUUCUCGUUAUCUUUGUAAACUGGCUCCCAACUCCAGAAACAAUGAAGGAAGUCGGCUCGGAUUUCCGCUGGCUGCACAGGAAGUCCCAAAACUCCGCCGCGCACGGCUCGUCAUGCGUGUUCCCGAUGACAAGAAAGAUUAACCCUAACGCAAGCCGGUCAGUUUUCAAAAUAAAACAUCCUGUGCAGACUCCAGAUCAUAGAACAGACAAAAGAAACGGUUUAACUACGUAACUCCUGACAAUGACCAAAUCUGAGCAAGUUAACAAAGUCUGGAGUAAAAAACGCUCCUGAAACGUUCCCGAAACAUUACCGAAACGCUCCUGGUGGGAUGAAAUGAGGCCAAUUUGGAGAACGAACCAAAAAAGGCGCAGAGGCUGUGACAUCACAGCCGAGCUCAGGGGAGUUUCUGUGUUUAAGGUCUUUAGACGAUCGCGGACAGAUUUCGAGAUCGGACGGUCGGUGUGGUCGAGGCCGCUCACAACAAGGUUUCAUCUGCUGAAAAUCGAUAGCUCCAGAAGAGAAACUGAGCGAGAUUAUUGAGCAAACAUCUGUUUCCGAAAACCUGAAGGACGCCAAAGACAAAAAACAACGUGACAAUAGUUCAGUUGAGAUCAGACGCUUGUUGCCAACGGGGUCAAAGGUCGACUUGUUCUGUUUGUUUGGGUUGAGAGCUGCUGCGUUCACUGACAUCUCGGUGUUGUGGGAACUGAAGAUGCUCAUUAAAAAAAGAGUCUGUGAUAUUUUUGUAACCUGACUGAAGUAUUUGAUACUGAACACGUAUUAAAGAAGCGUUGAUAGCUGUGACGAUGCUGUUGUAACAUGUAACUCAAAGUUAUAUAAUCAGCCGCUUCUUUUUGCUUUUCUUAGUUUUUUAAACUGUUGCUGAAGUUGUAAAAAGACGAAUGUGAACUGACAUUGACGAGCGUGAACUGACAUUGACGAGCGUGAACUGACGCUGACGAGCGUGAACUGACACUGACGAGCGUGAACUGACAUUGACGAGCGCGAAACGAAACGUCGGGUACUGAAUAUGAAAACCCGUGUGUAAAAUAAAGGUGUGUGUAAAUAGCCAUCGAACUGCACUGUCGUCCUUGGAGACGAACACGACUCAGCGUCUCAUCUCACUGACUCCACGCUAACAGUCUCUUGGUCCAUUUCAUGCUUUUAAUUUAUUGCUGUGACACUAUUUAUUUUUACUUUCCAGGUUGUAUGUACAGUGAAACAUUUGUCCUAUUUAUGUUACUUGAUCAAUAAAAUUGGCUUUCAUCUGUCGA